AUGGCGUCCAAAUUACAGACAAUCGACGAUGCGUUGCAUGACACUGCACAACCGUGGCACAAGAUAUUCGGUUGGGCAGAAGCCCGGAGUGGAGUGCACCGGUUGAAUCUAUUUGGAGUCGUCGUGAUAACGGUGGCUGCGUACUUGGUUUCCGGUUACGGGUCGUCGAUUAUGAGUAACGCUGUCGGACUCUUGUAUCCCACGUACUUCAGCCUGAAGAUGAUUCGUUUGGCCAAACAGAACGUGAUGGCGGAGGAAUCCAAUAGGACGGGCGAGGUGUCAGCCUCGUCCAGAUGGCUCACUUAUUGGCUGAUAUUCUCGACCGUCUUGAUAGUCGAACAUCUGGUCGGAUGGAUACUCCGGAUGUUGCCGUUCUAUUACCUGCUCAGGACAGUGUUCCUGGUAUGGUGUUUUGCUUCUAUUGACGCAAAUGGCGCCGCGUUCAUGUAUGCGUCUAUCAUACACCGUUAUUUCGGUGCCUGGUUCUCCGGCAUUCCGGAUAAUUGA